AUGGCGCGGCUGGGCCAAUUGACCUUCGCCAUCUCUUCAACGGGUCGCCGAUCUCUCCUGGCAAGAUCUCUUACACGACAUAGCGCACGACAUAGCGCCACCUCGAGAGCGUCCACGAGAACCAAACCCUCCCUGUUACCCAUCCAACAGACCCGAACUAGCUUCUUCGCUUCAGGCGACAACAAGCCCAAGUCAAAGACCCGGGUCCCUAGAUCCCUCUCGGCGGUACUCCUCGGCUCCCUGCUUUUUUUCUCGCUCAACCCGACGGCUGAUGUUCUUCAGACUUUCGACUCAUCCGACAAGACUGCGAAGACAGACCGACCGAGCAAUACAGACCGACCGAGCAAUACAGAGCCCCCCCCUCGGGAGCUCGAGUCUCACAAGAUCGAUGACCAUGGUACCUGGUCCAAACUCGUCGAUGGCUUUGAGGGCAUCUCGGCCGUGACCACGGCUGAGGCAGGAAAAUUGUCCAACAAGCUGGUCGAUCUGGUCCUACCCGAGUGGUCCAAACUCAUUCCUGGUUAUAUCAGAAAGCUCCAGCGUGAGCUCAACAUGGCCCCAGGUUCUCUCGCCGCUGAGAUCUGGGAGGAGGCACGCGAUCCCGCCGUCAAUCCCGAAGUCCAGUACUCUGCCAAGGUCCGCGUUUCGGAAGACCUCUGCGACGAAGAGAAAGCCUUCCUGGCACGCAGGAAAAAGAUCACAGCCGUUGCCUUGGCCCACUACCUUGACAUCAAAGAAGAAGAUAUCAAUCCGGAAGACGUUCCCAAUAUCGCCAUAUGUGGCUCUGGUGGUGGUCUCAGGGCGCUCGUCGCUGGAACCGGAUCAUACAUGGCGGCCUCCGAGGACGGACUCUUUGACAUUGUCACGUAUACAUCUGGCGUCAGUGGUUCCUGUUGGCUUCAGUCUCUGUAUUUUUCCUCGCUUUCGGGUGGUGACUUUCAGCGGACUAUAAACCACCUAAAAGAACGUCUCGGCGUCCAUAUUGCCUACCCACCCACUGCCUUCUCAUCUAUCCUGUCUGCCCCUACGAACAAGCUACUACUGACUGCCAUGGUGGAAAAGCUGAAGGGCGAUCCAGAAGCCGACUUUGGGCUUGUGGACGCUUACGGGAUGCUGCUAGCAGCUCGGCUGUUCAUUCCCAAGGGUGAACUUGGCGUUAACGCAAAAGACUUUAAGCUUUCCAACCAGCAAGAGUACAUUCGCUACGGACAAAAUCCCAUGCCCAUCUAUACAGCCGUGCGCCACGAGAUUCCGGAACUUGACGAUGCCGGCGGCAACGAACAGUCUCAUGCUUCGGAGGAGGCGAAGGCUCAGGCAAAGAAAGAAGCAUGGUUCCAAUGGUUUGAGAUGACCCCGUUUGAGCUUUUCUGCGAAGAGUUUGCGGCUGGUAUUCCUACGUGGGCUAUGGGCAGGAGAUUCCAAAAUGGCGUCAACCUGCCUACGACAGAGGGCUUCUAUCUUCCCGAAAUUCGGUUGCCCGUACUCUUGGGGAUAUGGGGCAGUGCUUUCUGCGCAACAUUGAGCCAUUACUACCGGGAAAUUCGUCCUUUGGUCCAGAGUCUUGGUGGUUUCCAGGCUGUAGACAACUUGAUCUGGGGUCACAAUGAUGAUCUCAGCAAGGUUCAUCCAAUCGACCCGGCAACUAUCCCUAACUUCAUCCACGGGAUGAACGGCAAACUUCCCAGAACCGUUCCUCGUCUCGCUUACGACUCCGAUUAUAUCCAACUCAUGGACUCCGGCAUGUCCAAUAACCUCCCCAUCUAUCCCCUACUGCGACCUGGUCGCAACGUUGAUAUCAUUGUCGCAUUCGAUGCUUCAGCCGAUAUUAAGACGGACAACUGGCUCUCCGUUGUCGAGGGUUAUGCCAAGCAACGGGGUAUCAAGGGGUGGCCAAUAGGUGCCGGUUGGCCCAAGCCAUCUGCAUCGCCCUCUACUACGGCCAAGGAGUUAAAGGAAGCCGAAGAAUCCACAGAGGCCGAAGCCGAUAGCAAGAUUGCCGAAGCCAAAGCCAAACAAGCCCGCCAGCAUGCUGAUGACCCCAACGUCAAGCCUGGAGGAGGCACCGACACGAGCCUGAUGAGCCAGCAGGAGAAAUACGACCACACCGCCAACGAACUCGGCUACUGCACCGUCUGGGUCGGCACGACCCAGGAGCGACGUACCAACGACCCUCCACCGCCUCCGCUGGACGAUAGCUCGUCGUGGAAGCUCAUGGAGCCGGACGCCGGCAUUGCGGUUGUGUACAUGCCGUUCCUCGCCAACGAGAAGGUUCCCGGUUCCGUUGACCCGGCCUCUAGCGAUUACAUGAGCACCUGGAACUUUGUGUACACGCCGGAGCAGGUCGACCAAGUUGUGGCGCUCGCGAGGGCGAACUAUGAUGAGGGCAAGGAGAAGAUUCGGGCGACGGUGAGGGCUGUGUAUGAGCGCAAGAAGAGGAGGAGAGAGGAGAUGGAGAAGAGGAUGCAAGAGGAGAGGGAGAAGAGAAGGGCUAAAUUGGGGAUUCAGCGUGCGCUGGCAGAGGGGGAUCACUUCAGUUGA